UAAAAAAAAAACAAACAAUAAUAUACAAUUAGCGCUGCUCGGUGUUAUUUAAUCAGCUAUCAUGCUCAAGUUUAAUCAAAACAGUAUUUUCCGUCGUUUCACCUCAUCAGCCUUUCGCCAGCUAAACAGCCAAAAUGGUUUGGAUGAUCCCAAGUUAACUCACAUCAAGGAACAAAUAGAGGCGGACAAACGCAAACUCAAAUGGCGAAAGGAGUACAGUGAGCGAGACGAUGCUGUUAAAAGCAACUUUAAAUUGUUCGAGACAUCGAAUCGCAACUCGGAAUUACUGGAAAUCCUGCAGCAACCGGUCGAUAUAUCUCCUUCCGGACUAAUGCGAUGGUGGACGAAACGGAGGACCCGAAUUGAUGCUCACAUGCAAAAAUUUAUCCCACAAAGACAUGCGAUUCUAGGGGAAGAUCUAGCCACAGCCCAUUUUCUUGUUCACCGAGGCGGUUCAGUAAGAUUCCGUGGCCAAACAGAUUGGGUCAAGAUGAAUGAAAAAGAUGAAUAUGACCUUCCAAAAGUCUACGUUCCAAAUAUGGUACUGGAAGAAAUCAAAUGCGACGGUAUUGAUUUAUUUUACGAAGGCAUGGAAAAUAUUCGAAGGCUGCGUUAUUUGAAACAUCUGUCGUUUAAAAAUGUUACUAAAUUUGAUGACUGGUAUUUGGAUCGAUUGUCUGGCUCAGACUUUCCGUCGCUCGAGGUUUUAAACCUCACAGGAACGGCCGUCACCAAUAGGGGUCUGAAUUGUCUGUACCGAUUACCCAGUUUAAAGCUUCUUCUAGUUGAUGACCCCGAGAAAGACAUCAUGUGGAAGAUGAGUGUUGUUUUACUAGAAGAAUGGAAUCCGCUCUUGGUGGUAAAAACUGAAUGAAUAAAUUAAAUAUCGGUUAUCUCUUGUUGAAUAAAUUGUGUUUCGAAUUAAAAA